UUUCUGCUCUCUCGUCUUGUCGUUCCUCUUUCUCUCCCCAUGUUUAUUCCCUCUUUCUUUCCUUUCCUAGCUGCACGAGAGAGCUGAGAAAGAGAGAGAAGGAGGUCUCGUCUUCUUGAGAGUUAAAUCUUUAUUAGUGGUAAACACAUCUUUUGUCAUUCAACUUCAUCAAUUCAAGGCAGAGUAUACUAAUGAACUCACAAUCAAGCUCACCAACAGCUAAUGGAGGAAGGGAUCAUGCUCUCAUCACAAUUGCAGCGACAACCAAUAUCCAGACGACACCAUUGGACCAAAGAAUCCAGGAAACAAGAUGGCUUCUGCAUCCAUUAGCAGGAAAGGAAUCUUGUUGCAUCUUCAAGGUACGUCAAUGCCUUGCGGAAAUAAACAAGAAGACUUACCAGCCCCAUAUUGUCUCCUGUGGUCCAUUUCACCAUGGUGAUCAACAUUUGGAGAUGAUACACCAACACAAAUGGAAAUAUCUUCGCGGUCUACUUGCUCGAACACCUUCAAACGGCCCAACACUUGAUCACUAUCAGCAGGUGGUAGCAGCAAUGGAAGAAGAAAUAAGAGAGUGCUAUUCGGAGACCAUCAGCUUAAGCAGUGAUGAUCUAGUUGAGAUGAUGGUGUUGGAUGGUCUCUUCACUAUUGAACUCUUUUGCAAAGUUGGAAAAUUGUCACCAAGUGAUCCAGACGAUCCCAUCUUUAACUUGGCAUGGGUAUUCGCUAAUAUCUUACAAGACCUUUUUCGUUUCGAGAAUCAAAUUCCUUUCUUCCUUCUUCAAAAACUAUUUGAUGAAUCAAAACCUUCAAGGAAAGAUAGUGAUUCAUCCUUAGCCAAACUUGCUUUAGACUUCUUUCGUUAUGCAUUAGAAACCCCUGAGCAAGUGUUAAAUCAGGACUUCACUACUGUUGAAGGAAAACAUUUACUGGAUUUACUCCGCUGGAGUUUUAUCCCUAAACCCUACGAUCAUUCACCUCAGGAAGAGCCUCGGAAUGUUCGUCCAUUAGUUCAAUUGAUUAAGUAUGUCAAAAAGCCUCUACAAGGAUUUGCAGCAGGAAGGAAGGGAAAUACUUCUCCGCCCAUUGAACUUAUCCAGUCAGCCAAAAAGCUUCGUCAAGCUGGAAUUAAGUUCAAGACAAGGGAGGCAGUGAGCUUCUUAGACAUAAGAUUUUGCAAUGGAGUGCUGGAAAUUCCACACGUAGUAAUCGACAAUCUACGGACUGAUUUAUUGAUGAAUUUUGUAGCAUUUGAACAAUGCUACUCUCAUUGCUCAAAGCAUGUAACAAGUUAUGCUGCAUUCAUGAGUUGUCUGAUCCGCACGCCUGAAGACGUAUCAUUUCUCUGUGACAAGAAAAUUGUCGAGAAUUAUCUUGGAACUGAUGAGGAGGUCGUUCAUUUCUUCAAAAACCUUGGCAAAGGUGUGACGUUUGAUAUCGAUGGGAGUUAUCUAUGGAAGUUGUUCAAAGAGGUGAAUGAGUACCAUAUAAAUAUGUGGCAUGUGCGAUGGGAAGGUUUUAGAUCCAAGUAUUUUGGUACUCCAUGGUCUUUCUUGUCUGCUUUAGCUGCUGUUAUACUCCUAUUACUCACUGCAAUUCAGACCUUCUUUACAGUUUAUGAAUAUGCCAGUCCAUCUGGGCCUUGAGGGAAGCGCUAGAGUAGCAAUAAUGUUAGGAUGUUUGACACUUUUUUUCCACCUUGUAUGUAUUUUUGAAUCUUUUAAUAUCUUCCCAAGCUGGAUGUGUAUAAAUAUGGUCAGCAUGGUCCCUAGCCAGCUCUGUGAAUGUUCUGAUUAUGAAAUCUCCUGUUUGCUCAGGGGUUUUCUGGAUAUUGUCCACUGUAAAAUGAUCCAGUACUUGUCCAAUCAGUUGUUGUUGAUCAUUGGCAUCUAGUUGAGUUUUGAACCCAAAAAUUAGCUCUUCAAAUCGCCUUUCGCUCAUGAAUUUUUUAUAUAAUUGCAGAAAGGAAAAAAGCCUGGUCAGGGAAGGGGAGUUUCUUGAACCGUCUUCAGUUUCCUCUGGGAGUUGCUCCACUGUAACAUCUUCACCUACUUUAUUGUGAAUUUCUUUCGUCCUCUCAUCUUGAUCAGUGACAGAGAGUUGGCUGAAUCCGAAGAUUGAAAGGCAUAGGACUAAUUCACCACCAUCAUCAACAUGAUCGGUACUAGAACUGUUGAUGGGCUGAUCAAGUGCUGAUUUGGGAAGUUCGAACUUUGAUGAACUAUCCAUGUGAUCAAGAAUGGCUUACAAACUCGGGUUUCGAUCGUAUAAAGCUCUGGCCGUAACUUGUUCCUAGAAGAGGUAAAAUAUUAAUCAAUAAUAACAAACUAUAUGCAAAUUUUCAAUUAAGUAUUUCACCUAUGAAAUGAAAGAGUAUAGAUUCCUUCUGGUAAUACAGAGUAGCCUGUGGUUUAGAUAAAUUUUUAUCUAACCCUCACCUUAUGCUCAAGUGACAUGGUUGAUGUGGGAUGAAUGAUAGAUGCCAAGUCUUUUAAACAAAAAAGAUUAAAAUAACAAUGAAAACUUCAUUAAUUGGUCAGAAGGGGGCUGAAAAUCUAUUUGUAUAUGUAAGGUACCAGUAAAGAGUAAAACUUCCUAAUGAAAUAAAACUACUUUUAUGAUACUGUUCAAA